GGAGGUCAGCUGAUGAAGACCACAGAAUCUGGUGGACUGUUCCUCCAGUUACAGCAAUAAGGGCUGCAGUGGUGGUUUUAUGAAGCCUCACAUCUGUCCACCACAGGAGUUUACAAUGACCUGACCUGUACAAAAAAUGUGAGCCAUGCAGUGCUGGCUGUGUGGCUGUGAUUGCAGGACAGGACUUUUGGCUGGUGAAAAACAGCCUAACAAAGCAAGAAGACAGCUGUGUCAUAUGACAAUAGGCAGGAUAUUAGCACGUGAUGGAACGAAGUAAAAGCAAAGCAACCAGGAACUCGUUCAUCAUCACCUCCUUUACAGAGUCCAAGUGCAGCUUAACAAGAGUACACAGGCCAUGAUGCUCGGGAGCUUGCUGUUUGCCGUGUGCUGUACCGCAGCACUGGCCCAUUUCAACACAAAUCUAGACCAGCACUGGGAGUUGUGGAAAAAGAUGCAUAACAAGUUUUACUCCAGUAAGGUUGAAGAACUGGGCAGGAGGGAGUUGUGGGAGAGAAACCUUGAACUUAUCACCCUUCACAACCUGGAGGCCUCCAUGGGCCUGCAUUCAUAUGACCUGGGCAUGAACCACAUGGGUGACAUGACAACAGAGGAGAUCCUGCAAACGUUAGCUACGACUCGUGUCCCUCCUAACUUUAAGAGGCAAGCACAAGAAUUUGUGGGCUCUUCUAGAGCUGCUGUCCCAGACUCUCUGGACUGGAGAGAGAAGGGAUAUGUCUCCAGUGUGAAGAUGCAGGGUGCAUGUGGUUCAUGUUGGGCGUUCAGCUCUGUUGGGGCUCUUGAAGGUCAGCUGAUGAAUACCACAGGAAAGCUGGUCGAACUCAGUCCUCAGAAUCUGGUGGACUGUUCCUCCAGUUACGGCACCCAUGGCUGCAGUGGUGGUUGGAUGAAUGAUGCCUUCCAGUAUGUUAUUAAAAAUGGUGGAAUAGACUCAGAGUCAUCUUACCCUUAUGAAGCAGUGCAAGGGCAGUGCAGAUACAAUCCAUCCCAGCGUGCGGCAAACUGCACCAAGUACUAUUCUGUCAGUCAGGGAGAUGAGGAGGCUCUGAAGCAGGCUGUUGCCAACGUCGGGCCCAUUUCAGUGGCCAUUGAUGCCACCCGCCCUCAGUUUAUCAUGUACCAUAGUGGAGUUUACAAUGAUCCAUCUUGCAGCAAAAUCAUAAACCAUGCAGUGCUGGUUGUGGGAUACGGUGCAAUUGCUGGACAGGACUUUUGGCUGGUCAAAAACAGUUGGGGUACCGGAUUUGGAGAUGGUGGCUACAUCCGUAUGGCCAGAAACCAGAACAACAUGUGUGGCAUCGCCUCAUAUGCCUCCUAUCCGGUUAUGUAACUGAAACCCAUGUUGAAAUCUAUGAAUAUAGAUAAGAAAUAUUUUAUCAUCUAAUUUCUUAGCUGUAAAUCAGUGUUCUAUAUACUGUAUGUUUUUUUUGUUUUUUUUCCCCCACUGUCUUAAAAAAAAAAUACAAAUGUAUUUUAAGAAUGUCUCACAAUGUAAAUAUUAAACUUUAAAUCUGUCUUUUUCUCUCUCUUGUAAAGCUUUAAAAGAAAAAUUGCUUUCACUCUA